GUUGAUUUUUACUUUGCGGGGCUCGGUACCGCGGCCCAUUACAGGAAAAGAAAGGGCGGAGGCCUCCCUGAAGCGACUGGUCCUGGGGCUUGGGGUAGCCGGAGCACACUAGCGCCCGGCCUCGAGGGAAGUAUGCUCAGGCUUCAGAAGAGGCUUGCCUCCAGCGUCCUUCGCUGUGGCAAAAAGAAGGUCUGGUUGGACCCCAAUGAGACUAAUGAAAUCGCCAAUGCCAACUCCCGCCAGCAGAUCCGGAAGCUGAUCAAAGAUGGGCUGAUCAUCCGGAAGCCUGUGACUGUCCAUUCCCGGGCUCGAUGCCGGAAAAACACCUUGGCUCGCCGGAAGGGCAGGCAUAUGGGUAUAGGUAAGCGAAAGGGUACUGCCAAUGCUCGAAUGCCCGAGAAGGUAACCUGGAUGAGGAGGAUGAGAAUUCUGCGCCGGCUGCUCAGACGAUACCGUGAAUCUAAGAAGAUUGACCGCCACAUGUAUCACAGCCUGUACCUGAAGGUGAAGGGUAACGUGUUCAAAAACAAGCGGAUUCUCAUGGAACAUAUCCACAAGCUGAAGGCAGACAAGGCACGCAAGAAGCUUCUAGCGGACCAGGCUGAGGCCCGCAGGUCUAAGACCAAGGAAGCCCGAAAGCGCCGGGAAGAGCGGCUCCAGGCCAAGAAGGAGGAAAUCAUCAAGACUUUGUCCAAGGAGGAAGAGACCAAGAAAUAAAGUUCUCCCCCUCUUCUCUGUACAUAGUGGCCUCGACAAUUGCAUAGAUCACUCAUUCAAUAAAAGACAAGCCUUUA